AUGCUGAACCCCAUUCUUCCUCCGGAAUUGAUAGAGGAAAUUCUGCUGAGAUUGCCGGUGCAAUCUCUGUUGCGUUUCAAAUGCAUUUGCAAGUCAUGGCUCUCUCUUAUCUCCGAUCCCAAUUUUGCAAAAUCUCAUUACGACCUUGCUGCCAAACCCACCUAUCGAGUUCUCUUCAAAUCAAAGUCUGGUUUCAAGGUGACAUCCAUAGACAUAGAAUCAUCACUUCAUGAUCAUACUCUAGCAAGAAGUUACGUUCGAUUAACCCCACACCAAAUUGCUGAUUACUAUCCCAUUUAUAUUUAUGGUUCUUGCCGAGGAUUUCUACUCAUACAAUGGAAGCAUCGUAAUCUCCUUGUGUGGAAUCCAACAACAGCGGAUGACUAUCUAGUUAUUCUUAUUGCAAUGUACAGAUACGGCUCCACUGAUUGUAAAACCCAUAUUGAGAUUUUCUCCUUCAAAACCAAUUCAUGGAACCAAAUUCAGGGUUUCAAAUUCCCAUAUUGGACGACCAAGUUUGACCAAGCUGGGCUGCUUUUAAAUGGAGCUCUUCAUUGGUUGGUUUACUCCCGUGAUACAGAGGAUCAUGUCAUCAUUGUCUUUGAUUUGAAACAAAUGAGUUUACUAGAGAUUCCUAUACCUCUUGAUAUAGACAUGGAGUUAAAAUCAAUAUCAAGACAAUAUUACUUGAGGGUAUUGGGUGAUUGUCUUUGUCUAUGUUACCCUGCUCAGCAUAUUUGGGAUGUCGCUGCUGAGAUAUGGAUCAUGAAAAACUACAAAGUGCAGUCAUCCUGGACUAAGUCAUUUGUUCUGCCUGUGAAUUAUGACAUUCGUGAUAGAUUCUUUGUUCUUCCACUAUGCUCCACCAAAUCUGAUGGAUUCAUUUCAACAAAUUGUAGUGGAGGAUUGUCGAAAUAUAACAACAAAGGAGUUCUUAUUGAACAUACAAGUACAUUUGAUCCUGAUUUUGAGUCAUAUUAUUUACAACAGUCUGCUAUGUAUAGAGAAAGCCUACUCUCCCUCCCUGGUGACUUUAUGGAAGCCAAAGAAGACGGCCUAUCCUUUUCAUGA